GCUCGGAGCACAGACGCGCUCUGCCACUCAGCCACAGCAGCCGGAGCGGCAGUGCGCUUAUCUCUCCCGAGGAGACACCGCUGCUACACUUUCCUCCCAACAGACAGAGCUCGUUUUUCUCCCUCUCUCUUUUUUAAAAUGUGCAGUCAAGAAUCUUUACACUUCGUUCGGUUAUGCCUACGCGAAGCCGUUUCCUCAUAGACUUAACAUAGGCUAUUUCACCCCCCUCUUUCUUUCCGCACUGAUCAAGCUCUAACCCGACUUGCAGCUGGUGAGAAUAUGUGUGAGGGGCGAUCGGAGAAGAGUAUGGGCUGUCUUUGGUACCCCAAGCAGAGGCAAAGUGGAUAUAAGGCGAAUUAAUGUGGAAUUUAUCGGAGCUCAAAGGUGGAACGACGACCGGACACAGCGCUUCCUCGUCAGGGACUGACUGAUCAUGGUCGCCGUGGUCCGCUCUCUCAUGGUACUGCUGCUCGCUCAGGUGUUGCUGGAAGGUGCUGCGGGACUUAUCCCCGAGGUCGGCCGGAGGAAAUACAGCGAGUCUGGAAAGCAGACCCCGGAGCAGUCGGAGAGCUUCCUCAACGAGUUUGAGCUGCGGCUUCUCAAUAUGUUCGGGCUGGGGCGCAGGCCGACCCCCAGCAAGCAGGCCGUGGUGCCGCAGUACAUGGUGGACCUUUACCGCAUGCACUCUGCAAACGGAGACCACAGCACUAAACGCCCCAAGAGCAUGGGGAAACACGCAGAGAGAGCCGCCAGCAAGGCCAACACGAUUAGAAGCUUUCACCAUGAAGAGUCUAGAGAGGCCCUGGCCAGCCUGAAAGGCAAAACAACCCAGCAGUUCUACUUCAACCUCACUUCUAUCCCCGACGAGGAGCUCAUCACCUCUGCAGAACUACGCGUCUACAGGGAUCAGGUCAUGAGAGAUGCAGCCCCAAACAACAGCAGCACUAGUGAUGGUGCUCCUGCUGGCGGCCUCCACCGCAUCAACAUUUACGAGAUGUUUGGAGUUCCUGCCACCGACAGCGCGGACCCUCUGGUGCGUCUGCUGGACACUCGGCUAGUGCAGGACUCUUUGAACCGCUGGGAAAGCUUCGACGUGAGCCCCGCCGUGUCGAAGUGGACUUCAGGAAAAGGCCACAAUCACGGCUUCAUGGUGGAGGUGCUUCACCCGGAGAGAGGGGAGAAGGAUGGGGACCAGAGACAUAGGCACGUCAGGGUAAGCCGGUCCCUGCACCAAAACCAGGACUCAUGGCCUCAGGCACGGCCCUUGUUGGUGACGUACGGCCACGACGGCCGCGGAGACUCCGUGCUCCACACGAGGGAAAAACGGCAGGCGACGCUCCGCAAACAACGCAGGAAGCACCAGCACAAGGCGAGCUGCAAGAGGCAUGCCUUGUAUGUGGACUUCAGUGAUGUGGGAUGGAAUGAGUGGAUAGUGGCACCCCCUGGCUACCAUGCCUUUUAUUGUCACGGGGAAUGUCCUUUCCCCCUUGCAGACCACCUCAAUGCAACUAAUCAUGCUAUUGUGCAGACUCUUGUCAACUCAGUCAACUCAAACAUCCCCAGAGCCUGCUGUGUGCCCACUGAACUCAGCCCCAUUUCCUUGCUCUACCUGGACGAAUAUGAGAAGGUCAUUCUGAAAAACUACCAGGACAUGGUGGUGGAGGGCUGCGGCUGCCGGUGAGAAACCGUUGGUACGGAGGACAGAGUGGGCAACAGAGACUGAAAGUGCUAACAAGUUGUUACGGACACCCAGUUUCCCAAUGAAGACGCUUAUUUAUAUGAAAGAAACUCAAAAACAGAGCUAUUGCGGAAGAAAGAAGAAGAAAAAAUAUAUAUAAAUAUAUUUAUGUCUACGUAAAGUUGGGAAUAAUAAAUAUUUUAAUCAAAGGAAUAUUCCUUUACUGGUUUUGAAAAUGUAUUUCUGAUGUACAUUUUGAAAUGGGUGCAAUACCACAUGAAGUAUAAUGCUCAGAUUUUUAUUUUGUAUUUAUUUCUAUUAUAACCACUUUAUUUGUAAAUAAAUAAUGUGUAUUUAU